AUGGAUUCUGACCAAGCGCAUGAAUAUGCAUACGAUCCCGGCCUUUCGGUUUCACACUGGCUGCAGUCGACUGAGCUCGACCAUGCCGACCAAGAUCUGGGAACCUCGCCCGAGCACUACUACUCCGCCUAUACUACGACCGAGCACACAGCACCUCCCUCACCGCAACGCGGCAUCGACAUGCCCGCAGCGCGGCAGCGGCAGCCCAUGACGAACGGUGCGCGUACAACACCCAAAGCGACCCCGAGGUCUGCCUCUGGUCCUGCAUCGCCGCCCCCAGCGACUCGCUCCCCUCAGGUCUCCAACAAAGUCAGAGCCCUGGCAGAGCGCUUCGAGCAGUCGCCCGGAGCCAGCUCAACCACGUCUUCGACUGCAGUGCGCUCGAGAUCUAGGACACCGAGUCGAGCUGGGGCACACGACUCGGCCAGACGCACGAAUGCAUCCAUUUCGUCGACUGCAUCGGCUGCACGCCCGAGCAAAGAAGCCUCGUACGGAUCGCACAAGUUCAACAAUCUGAAGCCGCGAGACCGGCCCCAGCCUGCCCCAGCAUCCCCUCGAAAUGCGCGAAGGACGAAUGGCAGCAGGAGCAGCAUCGACCAGCACAUGUCAACCUCGACGCCCAAAAAGGUCACCUCGCCAAAUCGGGCGUCAGCACCCAGUGGGAGGCAGCUGUUUGGCGAAGUGCUAACUGGACAGGAUGUGUUAUCGCCAGGGUUUGGAAUCCCCGUUUUCGAGAGCACGCAGGCAGACGCUGCACAACCUUCGAUCUCGUUCAACAGCUCGCACCAUGGACGGUCUGCGAGCACUGCAACAUCAGCCUUCGCCGACGACGCGCAACCCACACCGCGCACGCAGGCACAUGCGCAAGAACAAACUACACCACGGUCGCCCCAACGGCACACGCCACGUUCGAGGAUACCAGUAGCGACACGUCGUUUGAGCGCGGGCUCAGACUCGAACUCGUCGACACGGUCCGUCAAAUACACGCCAACCCGCGCAAUGAAUCACAGCAACCGCGCCUCGCCGACGAGAAUGGACAGGGUUCUGGCUGCGGCGGCAGGCGCUCCAGUCUCCUCCCGAGGCACAGACCAGUCAACGCUCCCCGCAUUAGCUUACCGUGGAUAUCGCGAGAGAGGGAAGUCGCCCUUGGGAGUGAGAAGCGGACCAAGUGUGUCUGCCGUCGUGAACGCCCCGCCUCCACCAACGUCGCCCCGCUUGCGCAACUCGAGAGAAAGACAGCCGCUCCAACCUUCGCCCGCAUCCCGCUCGACGAGUACCGGCCCCCAUGGUGAGCAGGAAUAUUUUCCACUUGCAAGUAGCUUCGAUACGCCGCAAGAGCAACCUGCGGGGCUGCCCGGUGUUGCUGAAACCGAGCAAUCUCAUGGUACCCGUGAGCAGACGCAGCGCAUUUCGCGGGAUGAGCACUCGUCACCCUUGUCAGAGCAACAACAUCUGAGCCUCCAGACGUCUAGUCUGUCUGUACCACUGCUCGAGCAACCAGCGUCAGCCAUGACCGAUUUUGACGAAUCGCCCGUACUGGGGCUGCCAGGAAGCUUUGUUCUUACGCCGCCGACGGCGCAUCAGGAGUCGGAGCACCAGCUCUUGCAACCACAUAUUUUCCACCCUCCACCACAGAGGCCCGCUCCUCAAUCACCUGAGAUGGAGAAGUCAGAACUAGGUGUUAGGGAAUCAAUACCAAUCAUGCUUAGCGAAGAGGAGCCACCAGAACCAUGGGAACCCGAUUCGGGGAGCUUCAGCGCAGGCCUCAAGGCUUUGGCGUUUGGGUACAACUCUGAGCAAGCACACGAUGCUAGAGACAUGCCAUCCAUGUCUCGCCACGAUACGAAAGGAUCGCUAGGCGAUUCGGCCCCAAAACGGGACACAUUGUAUCCGGAUGACUCCGCAAGCGUUGCUCCUUACCAAACACUUGGCUCGCUGACGCUAAAUACCGAGACUUACAGCGUCGUCAACUCUGUUUUAAACAUGUACCAUCAGUCUCCCGUUAUUUCCCCGGAGUUAGCCUCGGUAUCGAGAGAAAGGGUGCAACAGGUCUCGCCCGUCAUUGCACAACACAAAGAUUGGGCAUCAAAAGAGUCUACAGAGACAUAUCUCGCUCGAUUGCUGAGUGAUGCUAAUGGUUCGAAAUACGACAAGACGAGGCGCGAGCCCGAAAGAGUAGCGUCCCCAUCACGCCCAGAUUCGUACACACCACAGCUACAGCAAGGUACACCAGAGUCUCAUGUCGGCGGGACAGCGAUCAUUUACCCAUCGUCCUCGCGACGCUAUUCACGGGAAUCGGCAGGCUCUACCACCACAACCAUCCAAGAAGAUGCGUCUCAUUCCGGCAGCUCUUCCGGCGACCCUUCUCACAAUGCAUUAUCACGAACCUCAACAGAUGAGCAUAAGUCGGUAGCAUCCAACCGCAUUGAACUUCCACAACUUGCAUGGACCAAUGGCGGACUUGGACUUGACCUACAACACAGUAUGCCGCAUUCACUCCCAGCUCCUCCCCGUCCCAACUACUCACCACCGCCUCCCCCUGUGAACCCAUCUAUUGAUCAACAACUCUCCUCUCGACCUAACCCGUACAACUCUACGCCGCAACAACAGCAACAACUUUCACGAUCCAUGCUCCACGACGACAAAUUCGAAAUGCACCCCGCUCGGUCACGUACUCCUGUCCUUCAUGUACACGAACAAAGCCUCGAGGACCGAUACGGUACUCCACAACCUAUCGAGUCUACUGUUGAGAUACCAUGUGAAGCCGAGCAAGGCGAAAACGGCCAGCCUGACCCUGCCAAGCAAGCUUUAAUAAAGCGAUAUCGCACCUUGCAAGAGCUGCUUCACACUGAGCAUCAGUUCUGUAUAGACAUGAUGAUUGCACACAACAUCUUCGAGGCGACCGCGCAAAACCUGAUGAGUGAAAAGGAAAAGAGGUUAUUGUUCAGCAAUUGCAAAGAACUGGAAAAGUUCUCUCUGUCGCUAUUUCGUGCCUUCAAGAAGGCCGCGAAGCCUAUUGUCAACUACGAGAUAUCACCUCCAACUGGCCCCUGGAACCGCGACUCCUCUGACGGUAAAUCGUAUGAUUCUGGAGAAUCACCAAUGCAUGCUCGACGGCCAUCUGAGGACUCUCCGGAUCAGUUCGAGAACUGCACUCUGGAGAACGAUCGAUUGACCACGAUUGGCCAAGUUUUCUUGGACAAUAAAGAGAAGAUGGAACGACUCUACACAACAUACUUCCUUAAUCAGGAUAAUGCCAGCGCUUAUAUCAAGAAGAACCACGGCAACGAGACCUUAUCUGGGUGGGUCACUGCUUGCUUUGAGCAAGUAGAAAACAUGACCCAAGCGUGGGAUCUGGACUCUCUAUUGUUGAAGCCUUGUCAGCGCCUGUUGAAGUAUCCGCUGAUUCUGCAGUCCUUGCAAGAGAUUACAGACCCUGACCAUCCCGAUCUGCCAAAGAUCAAAGAAGCCUAUGAGGAACUAAGAGCAAUGAGUCAGCGUAUCAACCAGGCCAAGGCGCGUUCUGAUACUUUCCGCGCCGCCGCUUCUGAAGGCAAGAAGGAGAAGAAAAGCGGUCUUGGCAAGACUUUUGUCAAGGCCUUCAUCCCCAAGGUUGACAAGAGCAAGGCAUAUGAUGAGGCCGACAAGACUUUCAAAGACCAGGAUUACAAAUCGAAAGAGCAGAAGUUUGGAGGGCACUUCUUCCAACUUCAGAUCGUUAUUCGUGACUUCGAACAGUACCUUGAUUCGAUUACGGAGCACUAUCUUCAACUCAACAUUGUGUUUUUGGGCUUCAUCACUGUCUGCGAAGUGGCGCCAUCUGUGUAUCCAGAGAUCGAGAGCACGUGGCGAAAAUGGGCUAUGGCUCAUUUCGAGCUGCAGAAUAAGGCAUUAGAAGAUCACAAAGCUGCCGUUCGAAGCCGCGUUCUGAAGCCUGUUGGUGACCUCUGGGAAAUGUGGGUCUCUUAUCAGAAAACCAUCGAGCAACGCAAAAAAUACCUGCUGUACUACGUCAAGCACAAGCAAGCACUUGAUCGCGGCGAAAAGAUUGACCCGGACAUAGAGGAGUCAUCCAAAAAGUUCAGUACAAUUAACGACACUCUCAAGCAUGAGCUACCUCUUCUCUACGAAAGAACAAAGGGCCUCAUGCGCACGCUCAUGACUCUGUUCAUGUGUUUGCAAAAGGAUUGGUACAAGACUUGCUCGAAGAAGAUUCUUCCGCUACUUGAGAGCGAACCACAGCACACGACGUCCCUUCGUUACGACCUCGAAUCCUACGUUGAGCGUUUCCACUCAGACUACAAACCGAUGCAGGAUCUCGCGAACAGAUUGGGCAUCAUCAACAGGAAUCUCCUGGUUGAUAUCUCCAACAUGACGUCUCCUGUUCCGACGCUCUCUUCUGAUGGCGGCGCAUCGUCUCGUAACUCAUCGUCGCGUCGUACUGAAUCUAUCGGGAGCGAGGCAUCAAUGCUCGACUCAAAGACCCGCAAUAGCGGCGGUUAUGCACCCCGAUCACAUCCUCGCAGUUUCGAUAACCCGCCACGCUCUUCCCCUGCAGGACCAGCAUAUCCUUCUCUCUAUCCACCCAACGCAUCAGGUCGGGCUGGCCCUGGACCUACAUCGUUACGGGAAGCCCGUGCACUCAGUCCUACAUCUGAUAAUAGUGACGCCACCAUAGUUCGCAAAGAGCGGCGCAACACUGGUCCUUCCCGCAACAAUCACAACUACCUGGGUCUCGAUGGCGCGGUAGACAUCGAGCACUCACCGCUGGGAACCAACGCAUUCGAUUUCCCACCUCAACUUGGUCCAUCCUUCCUCUCACCUUCGCAACCCACUAUUCACACCUUCUCCGCGCCCACCUCUCAGCCAACGUCAUUACCGGGAUCCACUCGUGCGUCGGGUGUCUUCAACUCGGCGCUACCCAUGUCCGAUUCUCCUGCUCGCGGCAGCGUCGAGGACCUCCCUACUACACCUGCGGAUACCGAUGAGCCAGAGGUGCUCUUCUUAGCAGCCAGUCUCUUCGAAUUCAAUAUUGCACACGAUCGCCGUGAAGGCGGAAUACCAUAUCUUGUGUACGUGCCAGGCGAGAUAUUCGAUGUCAUUGGUAUGAAGGGUGAGCUAUGGCUUGCGCGGAAUCAAGAUGAUCAAACAAAGACAGUAGGAUGGAUUUGGGAAAAGCACUUUGCGCGCAUUCUACCCGAAGAUGCAUAG